GCCCCUGCUUUUUCUCCUCCAUCUUUGCUUCUGUUUGGUUGAUGACAUUAUCGUAAGACCCAUCUGUUAUUUUGAUUUUCCCAAAAAAAAAUUAAAAAUUAAAAAUUAAAAUUAAAAUUAAAAUUAAAUUUGAGGGAGAAGAAAUGGACAAAUCUAAGUCCAUUAGCUUCAAUGAUCGGCGUAGCAGAGAAAAACAUGGUCGUUUUAGCAAAUCCUCAAGUUUUAGUGUUCAUCUAGAUCGCCACGUUGCUCCUCCUCUAAGAACACUUUCUCCUAUUGAAGCCGUAUGGGAUCUUCCGGCUUCUGAAGGUAAUGUGGAUGGAGGAUCAGAAAAUGUUCACCCAUCCACAUUGGAAGAACUCUCCAAGGAGAUCGAUGGCCUCGUUGAGAAGCUUUCCUCAGUGGAGGACAAAUCAGAUCUUUUUGACAUGCCUCGUGAAGUUUUGACUUUUUCUAAGAUGGUUCAGUCGGAGAUUGAAAAGUAUGAUGUACCAGAGUCUAUCUUGAGAUUUGGGCAGGAUAUAGAUCAAGAUAGUACUUUGAUUAACGGUUUAAAAAGGGUAGCGAAAUUGUCUAAUUUGCUUGGAAAAUUCUCCUGUAAUGAAAAGCUAGGUCCGGCCCUUAGUGCCACAACACUCGUUGUCCAACGAGCAAUGACGUUCAUGGAGGAGGAGCUCCGAAUCCUUCUAGAAGAUUCCAUGGUCUCUUGCUGCAAGCUUGAUUCCAAAGACAUGAGUUCCGAUGGGGAGAAAUUAGAGGACAAGUAUCCGAUCAUUGAUGAGGAAAUAAUAUCUAACAUGAGAAAGAUUGCUUCCUCGAUGAUCUCAUGUGGGUACGAAACAGAAUGCUGCCAGGUUUAUAGUGUUCUAAGAAGAAAUGCAUUCAAGGAAGCCAUGUUACAACAAGGGUUCGAAAAGAUCAGCAUAGAUGAAGUACAGAGGAUGCAAUGGGAGUCUCUAGAAGGACACAUUGUUAAUUGGAUUAAAGUCGUCAAAUAUGUGGCUAAAGUCCUCUUGCCGGGGGAGAAGAAACUCUGCGAUUCUGUCUUCUCAAACGAACAUCCUUCCAUCGGUGAGGCCAUGUUUUCGAACCUUGCUCGCUCAGCUGUCAUCCUUUUCCUUAACUUUGCGGAAGCAAUUUCUAUGACUAAACGAGCAGCCGAGAGACUGUUCAAGGUGCUUGAUGUUUACGAUACUUUAACAGAGUUAAUCUCUGCUAUUGAUGAAUUAUGCUCCAAUCAAUGUGCACUUGAUCUUAGGUCUGAAUUAUCUUCUGUUAGGCGGCGUCUAGGAGAAGCUGCAGUUUGCAUUUUCUGUGAUCUCGAAAACUCGAUCAAGAACGACAUUGCUAGGAACCUAGUUCCAGGUGGAGCAGUCCAUCCUCUGACUCGGUAUACCAUGAACUAUUUAUGGUAUACUUGUGAUUUUAAGAAUACCCUUGAGGAAGUCUUUUCUCUUCAUCAAAGCACCGAACAAAAUUUAGAUGUGCGAGGAUCUAGGACAGACAAUGGGAACGAGAACAGUCGCAAUGAACAUAACCAGAGUGAAGGGAUAAAACAAACACCUUUUACUACUGAGCUAAUGACCGUCAUGAGCCUUUUAGACGAAAACUUAGAAGCAAAGUCCAAGCUCUACAAAGAUCCUUCGUUAAGAUUUAUUUUCUUGAUGAACAAUGGAAGAUAUAUUCUGCAGAAGAUUAAGGAAUCUGCCGAUCUCCAUAGUUUGCUAGGAAAUGAUUUUCGUAGGAAGAGAUCAUCCGACCUAAGAGGCUAUCAUAAGAGCUAUCAAAGAGAAACAUGGAGCAGAGUACUUCAAUGCUUGAAUCAAGAAGGAUUGCAGAUUAAUGGCAAGGUUCAAAAGCCGGUACUUAAAGAAAGGUUCAAGUCUUUUAACCAAAUGUUUGAUGAAAUUCAUAAAACACAGAGUUCUUGGGUGGUGAGUGAUGAACAGCUUCAAUCCGAGCUACGGGUUUCAAUAUCGGCUGUUAUGAUUCCGGCUUACCGAUCUUUCUUAGCAAGGUUCGGACAGCAUAUCACUGCUGGGAGGCAGUAUGAGAAGUAUAUAAAGUAUCAACCAGAGGAUAUUGAGACUACUAUUGAAGGGUUGUUUGAUGGGAACCAGAAUGUAUCAAUGGCUCGCAGAAAAAAUUAGGCUCUAAACAUAAAAAGGGAUCAAUUUGGGAUUUUUUUUAUCUUCUAUUAUUAUACUUAAAAUGUCUUGUCAUAAUAUGAAAUUUAGAGUGGAAAAUUAGUUGUAUAGGACUUUUAUGUUUGAUUCACUUUGCUGGUUUAGUGAUUUAAUGUGAAUGAUGAAGCUGAAGGCCUAGCUAUGCUAAUGUUUAUAUAUCUUGAUUUUCUUUCAAUUUGAUUGUCAAGACAGAAAACUAAUACUUGGAAGGGGAAAUGACGAGUAUUUUUUUUCAAACACCAAAAUGAACUAGCAAUCACGCUCAUCUUAGAAUACAACGUGUGUAAGAUUUACUAUAAACUGAUAGAAGGAGAUCACUUGCAAGGUAUUCGAGAUCGACUUGGCCAAUUUUGAAGUGUUCAA